UUUCCUGUUUCAGUUUGACAGAUGCUAAUAUAUUUCAUAAACGACAACUUCUGUGCCUGAGUUAUAUUCUUUGAAGCAUGGGGAUUGUGGUUCAGAUGUUGUUAUGGGCCUGGAUUGUCCUGGACUCGGGAGUGUGUUCAGUCUCACUGCCAGAAAUCACUGAUGGGAAGUUCAUUGAUGAAUGUGUGAGGGAACACAACGAGGCCCGGUCAUCUGUCAGUCCGUCUGCAAGUGACAUGCUGUACAUGACAUGGGAUGAGGGCUUGGCCAUUACUGCAAGAGCAUGGGCAAGGCACUGUGUGUUUGAACACAACAUCUACCUCAAAGAUGUCCGCCGUGUGCACCCUACCUUCUCCUCUGUUGGAGAAAACAUAUGGACAGGCUAUCCACCAUCAACUUUUGAUGUGCAGGGGGCCAUAAAAAGUUGGGUUGAUGAAAAACAAGACUAUGACUACAGCAGCAAUGUCUGCACACACAUCUGUGGCCACUACACACAGGUUGUGUGGGCAAGCACCUACAAGGUUGGUUGUGCUGCCCAGCUGUGCCCGAAUGGUGUCAAAAACACAGAAUUUGCUUCUGAAGAGGGUGUCAUUUUUGUAUGCAACUAUGCCACAGCGGGUAACGUGAACGAAAGGAGACCAUAUGAACGAGGGACGAGCUGCUCUGGAUGUAAAGGGAACUGUGAGAAAAAACUCUGCCGUAGCCAAGAACGAGAUUCACAGAAAAGUUACAACUGGACCCCAGAUUGGGACCCUGCUCUGGCCACCAACUAUGCGACAAUUCUAAUUGUCCGGCCCACUGCCCUCAUCUUCACCUUCAUCACAGCGUAUGCAGUCCACCACUUUUAUCCCGAUGUCUUCUGCUACGAAUAGACCACCUGUGGUGACCUUAAGAACACAGACUACUCAGGAAGUGCUACGAUGAAGAUGCAAGUUUUAUUUAACCUUUCAUUUUUUUUUGUCUAUAGGCAGCUUUUAAGUACUGAAAGAUCUGCACAUAAAGGUCAGAGGUCUAAUCGAGUUAGCAACUAGGUGGGCAAAAAGAGACAGAUAUUUCCAGCUAACAGACUAGUGAUACAAACAAGUAAAUAGUCAGCCGUUAGCUAACAUGUUCACCAUAUCAACUUUAUGAGGCAAUAACAUGUCCUUGAUAAACUGAAAGAAGUUAAAAAAAUAAACCAAUUGAUUCUCCGAGAACGGCACUCCGAGAGCACCGACCUCCGCCAAGGCAUGCCCCAUUUCACAAUGCAUUUGAAUUUCUCCAGUCGGGAACUCAUUAUGCCGACACCACAUGAAUGCAGCACCUAUUUUGUGAUGUUAAUUAAAGUGACAAAUAUUUUGUGUUCCCACUCCGUGAUUUGGAUCCGCUCCAAAAUAUAAUGGGGUCUUACUUGCCAGUGAUACACCCUUCCACUGAGUUUGGUGAAAAUCGGGUCAGUAGUGCUUUCACAAUCGUGUUGACAGACAAACCAACAAAUGGACAAACCCAACCGAAAACAUAACCUCUUUGGAGGUAAAAAUAGAAUAUCCAACACUGACCUUUAUUUUUACUUCCAAAGAAGUGCUUUAGAUAGACUGGACUUUAAAUCUGACCACCAAGGAGUGUGGACUUUGCUAUAAACCUGUAUCUAGAGAUAUUGUUAAGUCAAGCCACCCAUACUUCACCUCUAUAUUAAGUUUGUUUUCAUGAUCAAAAAUAAUUAAGGCAAACCUACAGAUAUAAGAUCCAGGUUGUUAAAAAUCUUCCUUUAAUUUGACAUUUCCAUCAGAUUGGGUCGGCCUCCUCCUGGACACGCAUUAGCCUUAAGGACAGAACAAUAUCUUUUGAAAUGUAUAAAUACUGACCAUACUGACUGAGAAUUGGUCUCCAGACAGAAGAUUGUACUAGGUAUUAUGAACAGGAAAUACUCACAAAAAAAAAAAAAGUUCAAUAAAAACAUCCAUGAGUUUG